CAGACUCCCAACACUCAGACAUUCACAAACAAACCAAGGGAUGUUCUCUUGAUAAGUGCGUGAAUUGGACCAUUUCUGUCCCGCUUCAAAAUGUAACGAGUACUUUUGGGUGUCAGGGAAAAUGUAUGGAGUAAAAAGUACAUACUUUUCUUUAGGAAUGUAGUGAAGUAAAAGUUGUCAUAAAUAGUAAAGUACAGAUGCACCAAAAAACGACUUAAUUAAGUAGUACUUUAAAGUAAUUUGACUUAAGUACUUUACACCACUGAUUUUAGCUAACGUUAAACAUUUUCAGAACCUUAACCUAAUUCUUAUUUUUAACUAGGCAACUAGGCAAGUCAGUUAAGAACAAAUUCUUAUUUUAUUAUGUUUAUAACACGUUACGUUAAUUAUCCUGACUUGCUGCGUAAGUUCUCCUAACUUACUACGAAAAUCCCCUUCUGGUCAAUUCUGACAAACCGUUUCCCUUUUAGUCAAAACGAGUGAACAGCAAGCAAGUAUUAUCUGCCACACCAAAAUACAUAACAGUAUUAGCAUACUGUGUGUAGCCUAAUAAGGCGAUGUGUUUAUGUUGCCAUCAAUUCAGAAAAAAUGAAUUUGAGACUUUUUCAUUGUUCACAUUGUUGGCAAGGCUAUGCAGUUACUGUUAGCCGGCGGUCGCCUAAAAUGGGGUAGCUUGCUCUGACAAAUGUGACUGAUGCAAAAGCAGCCAACAAUCUGUGGUUCCAUUUUUGUCCAGUCCACUGUUGUAGGCUACUACUAAAACUAUAAUAAACUAUCUCUGGCUACACUAUGGACUAUCACUUCCAAAAUAACAUUUUGAUGUAAUAUCACAUCAGGGCAAUAAAGGGACGGUUAUAGAUAGGGAAUCAUAGCAUACACGUUUGCUUAUAAAUAUUUCCAUCUGCAUUGUUUAAUGUAUCUACAUUUCUAAGCUACCCAGAUAACAAAAAAAUUGUACCGGAAGUGAUAUUCACGUGUCAACCUGGCUCGUUCCGUUCGUUGCGGAGGAGGAGCUGUGCGUGGUGAAGUUGCCUGAAACGAUAGAAGAGCAUAUGCCAUAGCAUGUGUUUAUAGUAGAGCUAUUUGCUUAUAGUUUUACUAACUGAAUUACCGUGGUCUGAUUUGACGAGAUGACACAAAACUGCAGAUCCCUCAAGCGCCCUGGUGUCGGAGUAGGGGUUCUGGUCACAGAUUCAGCUCACUCCAACUGCGUCCUCGUUGGGAAGCGAAAAAGUGCAAUGGGCAAAGGAACGUAUCAGCUACCUGGCGGUCAUCUAGAAUUUGGAGAGACCUGGGAAGAAUGCGCACACAGGGAGGUGAUGGAAGAGGCAGGAGUGCGCCUGAAAGAAGUCAGGUUCGCAUCCGUGGUGAACUCCAUCAAGCUCGAUGAGCAGUACCACUACAUCACCAUCAUCAUGCAAGGAGAAGUGGACAGGAGCUACCCAGCAGAACCAGUCAAUCUCGAACCAGAGAAAAAUGAAGGUUGGACAUGGACACGGUGGGACCAGUUUCCUCAAGAGGACCAACUCUUCCUGCCUCUGGCCUGCCUGAGACAACAGGGCUUCCAGCCGUUCAACACCACAUAACACUGCAGCUACCCAGAAACAGAGAAGAGAGGGGCGAAACACAGGGAUAGAAGACACAUACAUUAAAUCAAAUCAAAUCAAAUUUUAUUUGUCACAUACACAUGGUUAGCAGAUGUUAAUGCGAGUGUAGCGAAAUGCUUUUGCUUCUAGUUCCGACAAUGCAGUGAUAACCAACAAGUAAUCUAACUAACAAUUCCAAAACUACUGUCUUAUACACAGUGUAAGGGGAUAAAGAAUAUGUACAUAAGGAUAUAUGAAUGAGUGAUGGUACAGAGCAGCAUACAGUAGAUGGUAUCGAGUACAGUAUAUACAUAUGAGAUGAGAAUGUAAACAAAGUGGCAUAGUUAAAGUGGCUAGUGAUACAUGUAUUACAUAAGGAUGCAGUCGAUGAUGUAGAGUACAGUAUAUACGUAUGCAUAUGAGAUGAAUAAUGUAGGGUAAGUAACAUUAUAUAAGGUAGCAUUGUUUAAAGUGGCUAGUGAUAUAUUUGUAGGACGUAAUCAAGUCAGGCAGUUGGGUAAACAUGGUAACGGUUGAACUAAUGUUGAUCAGCACCUCUGGUUGGGUAUACAUGGUAACGGUUGAACUAAUGUUGAUCAGCACCUCUGGUUGGGUAUACAUGGUAACGGUUGAACUAAUGUUGAUCAGCACCUCUGGUUGGGUAUACAUGGUAACGGUUGAACUAAUGUUGAUCAGCACCUCUGGUUGGGUAUACAUGGUAAUGGUUGAACUAAUGUUGAUCAGCACCUCUGGUUGGGUAUACAUGGUAAUGGUUGAACUAAUGUUGAUCAGCACCUCUGGUUGGGUAUACAUGGUAACGGUUGAACUAAUGUUGAUCAGCACCUCUGGUUGGGUAUACAUGGUAACGGUUGAACUAAUGUUGAUCAGCACCUCUGGUUGGGUAUACAUGGUAACGGUUGAACUAAUGUUGAUCAGCACCUCUGGUUGGGUAUACAUGGUAACGGUUGAACUAAUGUUGAUCAGCACCUCUGGUUGGGUAUACAUGGUAAUGGUUGAACUAAUGUUGAUCAGCACCUCUGGUUGGGUAUACAUGGUAACGGUUGAACUAAUGUUGAUCAGCACCUCUGGUUGGGUAAACAUGGCAACGGUUGCUGGACUUAUGAGGGGACAGCUCAUGGAUCUAACAGAAGGAAGUUAUGACAACAAAUCAUUACGGUUUGAGUGUAUUUAUAUAAAUGAAAUGUUAAUGCAAAGCACACUGUACUACAAAUAACCUGUAUGUGUUUUGUCAAUAUUAAAAGUAACAUAAGAAGUA